AUGACGAGCCACGGCAUUGGUCCCACGACGGACGUCACGGUGAACGUGACUGGCACCUUCACCCUGCCGCUGCACCUUCAGGCACUGGAGAGCCUCGAGGACCCGGUGCUGCAAGAGGAAAUUAUGAAGGAGGCGACUCGUCUCGCGCUCGCUGAGAGGCUUGGUGGAUUUGACAAGAUUGAUAUCACCACCAAGCACAGGUACGGAAAGCCAGUCUGCGAGGCGAGGCUUGACCUCGCGGACUUGUACUGCGGCAUCGCCAAUGUGCAGCAUGCCUAUGAGCACGCCAUGACGCACAUACUGCAGCUGCAGGAAGUGGUGGGGACAGCAGCACAGAAGACAGGCGAAGAGGCGCCGGUGGCCUCUAGUGUGCUUGCGGAAGUCGCCGCGUUGCUCCAGCGAGCAGCGGAGCAUCCCGGCGAGGCGCCUCUCGUGGCCGCCAUUCGUGCAGCCGCGUGUGCCGACAAGCAAUCAUCGGCUCAUGCUGCCAGCGGUGAAGAUGAUGGGGAUUCGACGGCGGUAUCCUCCGACGGCUACCGUGACCCAACGGCGGAUGGCUAUGCUCCAUUGCUUGACUGCAACGAUGCGGAAGUAGAUGAGAUGGAUGGUGAGGAGGAGGAGGAGAACAGGGAAGACAUGGAAGCGCCGCUAAACGAUGCUCAUUAA